AUGGCUGACAGUUGUGCUCGCAGAAGAUGGGAGCGAAAUAGCAGCAGCAUCAGCGAGCUUCCAGAAAACGAAUACCUAAAGAAGUUGUCAGGAGCAGAGCCCAUCUCCGAGAAUGACCCCUUCUGGAAUCAACUGCUGUCUUUUAGCUUUACCACUCCAACAAACAGUGCGGAAUUAAAGCUCUUGGAAGAAGCCACCAUCUCAGUCUGCAAGUCUUUAGUUGAGAAGAAUCCUCGAACAGGAAACCUUGGGUCAUUGAUAAAAGUCUUUCUUUCUAGAACCAAAGAAUUAAAAAUAUCAGCAGAAUGUCAGAAUCACCUCUUUAUCUGGCAGGCUCACAAUGCCUUAUUUAUCAUCUGCUGCUUGCUCAAAGUGUUCAUCAGUAGAAUGUCAGAAGAGGAGCUGCAACUUCAUUUUACUUACGAGGAAAAAACACCGGGCUCAUAUGGAACCGAGUGUGAAGACCUCAUAGAAGAGUUGCUGUGUUGCCUCAUCCAGCUCAUUGUUGAAAUUCCCCUCUUAGAUAUUACCUACAGCAUUUCCUUGGAAGCUGUGACAACGCUCGUCGUCUUCCUCUCCUGCCAGUUAUUUCACAAGGAAAUUCUGCGAGAAAGUCUCAUCCACAAAUACCUGAUGCAUGGUCGAUGUCUCCCGUAUACCAGCAGACUUGUGAAAACUCUGCUCUACAAUUUUAUUAGACAAGAAAGAAGCCCUCCUCCGGGGACCCACGUCUUUCAGCAGCAAACAGAUGGAGGAGGACUGCUGUACGGAAUUGCAUCCGGGGUGGCAACUGGCCUGCGGACAGUCUUCACGUUAGGUGGAGUGGGGAGUAAAGCAACGCCGCAGCUGGAGCAGUGCUCCCCUCUAGCUCAUCAGAGUCUGCUGCUUCUCCUGGUCUUAGCUAAUCUGACUGAUGCUCCGGAUACACCGAACCCCUACAGACAAGCUAUUAUGUCCUUCAAGAACACCCAAGAUAGCAGUGCUUUUUCGUCAUCAAAUCCGCACGCUUUCCAGAUCAAUUUUAACAGCUUGUACACGGCUUUGUGUGAGCAGCAGAGAUCUGAUCAAGCGACCCUCCUUUUGUACAUGCUUCUGCAUCAAAACGGCAACGUACGGACAUACGUGUUGGCACGAACAGACAUAGAAAAUCUUGUUCUGCCAAUUCUUGAGAUCCUGUACCACGUUGAAGAAAGGAAUUCACACCAUGUUUACAUGGCUCUUAUAAUUCUGCUGAUCCUUACCGAGGACGACGGCUUCAACCGAUCCAUUCACGAAGUGAUACUGAAAAAUAUCACUUGGUACGCUGAGCGUGUUUUAACAGAGAUCUCACUUGGGAGCCUCCUGAUACUCGUUGUGAUAAGAACCAUCCAGUACAACAUGACACGGACAAGGGACAAAUACCUUCAUACAAAUUGUCUGGCUGCCUUAGCAAAUAUGUCAGCGCAGUUCCGCUCUCUUCAUCAGUACGCAGCUCAGAGGAUCAUCAGUUAUACCUGCCGCCACUUGCGGAGAUAUGUAUAUGUCUUGGACAAACUGUAUUUCCCCCACUCUCACUGCUCUACGCUGCAGCAUUGCUUCUCGACCCUCAGUGACAAUGGAGAGGAACUCUUGUCUUUAACUUGUUCUCACAUUCUCAGAUCCUAUGCUUCCAGUUUAUUUUCUUUGUUGUCUAAAAAGCACAACAAGGUGUUGGAGCAAGCCACGCAGUCCUUACGAGGUUCCCUUGAUUCAAAUGACUCUCCGCUUCCUGAUUAUGCACAAGACCUGAAUGUGAUCGAGGAAGUGAUCCGAAUGAUGUUAGAGAUUAUCAACUCCUGCCUGACCAAUUCCCUUCAUCACAACCCAAACUUGGUGUACGCACUGCUUUACAAGAGGGAUCUGUUUGAGCAAUUUCGAACUCACCCUUCCUUCCAGGACAUAAUGCAAAAUAUAGAUCUGGUGAUCAGCUUUUUUAGCUCCCGAUUAGAGCAAGCUGGAGCUGAACUGUCAGUGGAGCGGGUUCUGGAAAUCAUCAAGCAGGGAGCUGUUGCUUUGCCCAAAGACAGGCUAAGAAAGUUCCCGGAGCUCAAGUUCAAGUACGUGGAGGAGGAGCAGCCCGAGGAGUUCUUCAUCCCCUACGUUUGGUCUCUGGUGUACAACUCUGCCGUGGCCCUGUACUGGAACCCUCAGGACAUCCAGCUCUUCACGAUGGACUCUGGCUGAAGGAGAUGCCCCCGCCGAGCCAGCUCGACUCUGUCGUCCUAGAGAAAACGAAACUCUGCACUGCGUGUGAAUACGUGACCCCUUCCAGUGUGCACCCUCCGACCCCAGAGCUUACAGAGAAUGAAGCUUGCUGCUCGUGUACAGUCCAACAUUGAUGUUUCAGAAGCAGAUGCCACAGGCAGCGGUGUGAGGAACUGACGCCUUGUAUGCAACCUUGUAUUUAUAGUCCUAUAACCUGGAGCUUGUCUGAAAAUGAGGCCUUACACAUGGGGUAUGAUGUUACUACCGACCACACAACUGAUUGUUCUUUUAACGGGGUAAAUGGGGAAAGAGAUUGUGGACUUUGAUUUGGAAGCACCGUUUGUAUGUUCAUUUCUUUAAAGCCAGGCAGCUUCUUUGGGUCAAGCUUUCUAUGGUCUGUUGGAUUCUGCCGUGGGUUGCUCGUUACCUAAUACCGUGCUUUCACUCACAGCCCUUUGUUUCGGUGACACUGUCAAGGCUGCAGUCCUUCAGUUGGUGUCUACACCGUCAUCCAAGUGAACUAGUAAGCAGCACAUUAAUCAAAUUAGCUCCCAGGCAGACUCAAAACACUUGAUUUAGAUGUCAAAAUGUUUGUGGGAGGAUUUUCAAAAGCAAUUCUUUUUUUAUUUUUUUUUUGACUGGCAAAUAUUCUGUAGAGGGCUAGAAACACCAGCUUUCAAGGUAAAGUCCCUUACAGACUUGUUUUACUGUGCUUCUGUGCAAAAGUUUUCCCUGGAAAUUGAACAUGUGAAAAAAAAUCUCCAAAGAAAAUAGUUAUAAGAUUGUAAAAUAGACCAAUGUCCUGUAAAAACGUGUAAUGGUGAUAGAGUGUUGUGGGGAUCCUUGGCAAAGUUCUGUGUUGAAAAUGCCGUUUGCUAUUAAAGGUUUUAUGGCAGAAUUAUAAAUUUAUCUGAAUGUAGAAUGCUUCUUUUCUGUUUGUUUUGUUGUGUGUGUGUUGUUUUUUUGUUGGUUUUUUUUUUUAAGUGUCCUUUCCUGAUAUACCAGUUUCUGCAGUUAGAAGAACAAAAGAAAUGGGUUGACCUGAUUUUUUAAAGAACAUCUCAUUUUUCAGGAUGAGGAUCGCUUCUUCUGCGGGGAAGCUCCUGACCGUGCUCACUGCACAUGCAUGCAAAUGCUCUCCUACUCCCACACGCUGCUGUGUGGAGGGCUGUCACCAGUGCAUCGCAUGCCAAAACAGAAAUAUCAAGGAAUUAGUACCUAAACAUACAUGGCAACCCCCGUACUCACUGCCUGCUCCAGCAUGUUCUGUUUACUGACCUGAAGAAUUGGGUGCAUUUGUUUUCAGGCAGUUCUUUAAGUGGCUCUAAAUAGAAUUUCUUGCACUUUUUUUUUUUUUUUCUUGAAUGUUAUCCUAGAAUUAUACUUUCCUUUUAUCUGUUAAUUUAGUGGAAGUCCAUUUGAGUCCUACACAAAUGAAAAUGCUGGUUUAAAAAAAAACAAAAACUUUUGAUAUUUAUUUAAAUAUUUUCAAUGGGGAGACAGAUACAGCUCAGGAGCAUUUGAGACUUCAAAAAGGCAGGAGCUUUUGAGAUGAAGAAACAGUCAGACUGGAGAUGCAGUUUUUUCUUAGGAAAAUAUGAGGAAUGAAUGAUACAUAACUGUGCUGCACUUAUGUUUAUGCUACGUUUUUGGAUAUUUGUUUUUCUUUGAGCAAACUUUACAAGGGGAUGACUCUACUUGGUUAUUGUAGUGAUUUGUAAUCUUGUCUUUUUAUUAAGGCUAAGAGUGUUUGUGAGACAGCAGAGCUGUACAGCCUUCGGAAAAAUCAGCCUGAAGAUGCACUUCUAAACUGGAUUCAGAAAUUACUGGGGUAGCUCGGUUUUCGUGAGCGCUUGAGCCUGCCCCGAGGUGAGCACCCUCCACCCUGCUGCCUUCUGCAGAAGUGAAGCUUCGUGAACGAGGGCGCACAGAGAGCAGAUGCUUGUCUGCCAGGUGUCCAGCUGGAGAGAACCUGAUUUUCCUUGAAAGGGCUUUUUAUAAAGCAAAGGGUGCAUAAAGCAGCACUCUGCUAUAAUAGGUCAAACCAGCUGCUCAGUCAAUGCAGGAGUCGCACAGUAAAUUAUUUCUUGCUGUCCUCUUGUUCUGAUGGCAUUGAACUGAAGUGCAGAAGGAGCAGGUUUGUUCCGAUUGCAUAAUUUCCUUGUGCAUUUAAUUAAUAUGCAAUGCUCCCAGGGCCCAGCUGGUUUGGAACAGCUGGAGUUACAAUCCAAAGUCAAAGCAGCAGAGCCAGACCAAGAUUUAUGCCCAAAUCCAUGCUAGUCUGAUUGGCUCGUCCAAAAGUAUAGCGUUAUAUGGGUCUGGCAGUGUCCCGAAGUCUGCAGUCUGGCAUGUUCACAAAUACUCUGUUUUCCUUCAGAUCUGUAAAGUAUCACCUUAGGGAUCCUUUUCAUUACUUUGUGUGAAAGAUUUAUUAUGCGUAAUAAAAAAAAAAAAAUUAAAACAGUGA